CGUCUGGUUACACGCAGGAAAGUCGGACUCUUGUUCGUUUACUCUAACGCAGAGACAUCCAGAUCAGAGUGAUUGUUUAACAACCGUGCGUCGAGUGUACGCGACUUGACAUUGGAGACCAAGCACUGCAUCCCCCAAGCUGAUCAACCUCUGGUAAACGAAGAUGGCGCCAAACCUCUUGGGUAGUACAGCGACGCUGUUUCUCGAGGCGACGCAACAGGAUAUCAGACAAUCAAAAACGCCAGAAUCAGUUCCGUCAACGUCGAAAAGCACAGUACAAACAGCACAAACGAAAGACCAGCCCAAGUACGAGUGGAGAAUAGUUUGGCGAAACGUCAUAGCGUUUCUCUACCUUCACAUCGGUGCUCUUUAUGGAUUCUACCUAUUUUUCGCCGGUGCAAAAUUUCUGACCCUGAUUUGGACCGUGGUGGUUGCCGCCCUUGGAGCUGUUGGUGUCACAGCUGGUGCUCAUCGUCUCUGGGCGCACAGAGCGUACAAAGCGAAAUGGCCAAUGCGUCUGAUUCUGAUGAUAUUCCAAACGUUGGCAUUCCAGAACCACCUCAGCGAAUGGGUUCGCGAUCACAGGGUACACCAUAAAUUUACGGACACCGAUGCCGACCCGCACAAUGCGAAAAGAGGUUUUUUCUUCUCCCACAUGGGAUGGCUGCUGGUCCGUAAGCAUCGGGAUGUCAUCGAGAAGGGAGCGACAGUCGACGUGAGCGAUCUUGAGAGUGACCCAAUCGUCGUCUGGCAAAGAAGGUUGUACGUGAUCCUCAUGCCUGUAUUCUGUUUCCUUAUACCUACUUGGGUACCUUGUCGUUUCUGGGGAGAAACCGGGAUGAACUCUUGGUAUUGCGCCACCGUUUUUCGCUACACUUUGUCGCUCAACUUGACUUGGCUCGUCAAUUCGGCAGCCCAUAUUUGGGGCACUAAACCAUACGAUGAUUCCAUCAGCCCAACGGACAACGUGCGCAUAGCGCUCGGAGCUUUCGGGGAAGGAUGGCACAACUACCACCACGUAUUCCCGUGGGAUUACAAAGCAGCUGAGCUCGGAAAUUACCGGGCGAAUUUCACAACGGCUUUCAUAGACUUCUUUGCGUGGCUUGGACAGGCCUACGAUUUGAAAACCGUGCCGCUUAAUAUGAUCAAGAAAAGAGCAGCCCGUACCGGCGACGGUACGAGAAUCGAUCGAGAUGAACAUUACGGGCACUCGCACGAAGGCGCAAUAUGGGGAUGGGGAGACUUAGACAUGCACACCGAGGACAUUCUGGAUGCUCACAUAACGAACAAAUCUGACUAGAAGAGACUUCCUUGCUCUACCGAUGUCUAGGUUGAUUUGAACUUUGUAUAAUCACUGCGUUAUCUUCACGUCUCACAUUAAUUUCUUGAUACGAUACGAUAAUAUUGUUACGUUCUGGGAAGAACGCUGUGAGAAAUCCGCUACCCGGUUCGGACGUAACAAUUAACUGCUUAUAUUUCUUAUUACGAUCUGGGUGUCCAAUACACGCGAUGAUGACCGAUCAACCGCAGUCGAUGCAUGAAAUUUUAUUAAAUCUUACACGUACCAAAGAAUCGCGGCUGAACUACGCGAAAUAUAACAUCUUUAUUUAUUUAUUUUUAUUAUUCUUUAACAUCAAAACCACUUACAAGGUUUUGUCGUACUUUAAGCGCAAAAUUUUACACCCAUUAAUCGGCACUGGAAGAAUUACGACGUGUGUAUUCAUCAUGUUUGCAUAUGUAUAAUUCGCGUCGCCAACCAAAGUUCGGUAAAGCUGAUCCUGGGAAUGAGAUCAAUGUGUCUUAUUACGGAUAGCAUGACGACUGAAGUUGAGGAUAGAUUUUACGUCGAUACGGAAUUUAAGAGAAUAAGUAUUAUUCACAGCUACGCACAACGGUUUGUCAAUUAAUAGAGGAAAAAAAUGCAGUCAUAAUGAUUAUUUUAAUUGUUUAAUAUUUAUGAAUAAAAACAAUUAUUUGACGUAUGAGCAAUAAUUCGUAGAAUCAGAUUAUUACAGGGCUAGCGCCUUGUACAUAAUGAUAAUUAAAAAAUUUGCCUUAUCAAUAAUAUGUGAUGAAAUAUAUAGGUACGAGACUUUCUAUUAUUCGAUAAUGCAAUUGAUAGAAUAAUUGAGUUGAUAUGUUUUCUUACCCUUGUCUCUUUUGGUGCAAAACUGCCUUCGUGGGUGCCUAUAUACAAUGAAAAACAUAAAUGUCGUAACAUGUGUCGUGUGUAU